AUGCCAGCAUUGUUCGCGCCCGCUGAAUACGCCCCUGCGUCUUCCAUGCGGCAACUCCAUAUGCCGAUCAUGUCUCCCGCCAGCCAGGCCCCGGACGGGCAUCACUUACCCGGUGGCGGAGGGUCGCGAAGAAGGCUUUACAUGCUACUGGGAGGGAACCAGCAAAUGUGCCGGAGACCACUGCGUCGGAGAUUGCGGGACCGAUGUCGUGUUAUCCAAUAUCGCUACCUUGUUCCAAGAAGAACUCGCAUUCCCCACACAGAAGAUGCCGAGGUCCAGGAGGAGAACAAUCAAGGCCGGGCUAUUCGUUGGGCGGUUGACCGCAGAGAGGACGCAAAGCCAGAGACUCAAACAGCACAACUUGGAAAGCUUCCGUGGCUACAAGGGAUCUAUUUACUAGCCUGGGAAGGCCGGUUUCCCUAUCACGUUUCCGAGGUGGCCUAUGAGGAGAGUCCUAGUACGAGGGGGCAAGACUAUGGCCAGCAAGAUAUAUUCCAUUUCCAGAAGCUGAGAGACCGCCUUCGCGGUGAACUUGACUGCCAAGUAUGCUAUUCUCUCAUCUUAGACCCUCUAACGACACCCUGCGGUCACACCUUCUGCCGGAAAUGCGUUGCGCGCGUAUUGGACCACACGGAUUUGUGUCCAGUUUGUCGGCGUCAGGUCGGCAUGCCGUCAACCAUUCACUCUGAGCCAUUGAACCGCACUCUGCUUCGUUUAAUCGAUCAUUUUUUCCCUGAUCAGGUCGUUGCUCGGCGAGAGGCCCUUGCUCAGGAUGAGAUCGGAACCGACCAAGAGAAAAGUCUACCGCUGUUUGUCUGCACAAUGUCAUUUCCUACGAUGCCGACGUUCUUACAUAUCUUUGAACCUCGGUAUCGGCUCACGAUUCGACGGGUCGUCGAGAAUGGAGAUGGCAAGUUCGGUAUGGUUAUGUACAACCGACGAGGCCGACCGCAGGGAGACGAGCUCGGGAGUGUGCCAUUUAUGCAGUAUGGAACGCUGCUGAUGGUUGAGCGAUACGAACUCCUUCCAGAUGGGCGCAGCCUUGUGAUUGCAACCGGUAUAUCCCGCUUCAGAGUACUUGAGGCCGGUGAAUUGGAUGGCUACCAUAUCGCUCGUACAGAGCGUAUCGAUGAUCUCAAUCUAGCAGAUGAAGAAAGACUUGAAGCAACCGAAACAGCUGCUGCUGCAAUUCCAGAUCCAUCUUUAGGGCCAAAUGCGGAACCACCCCUGGACUCCCUGUCGACCCAGGAGCUCCUUGCGCUGGCACGGGAUUUUAUUCGCAAACAGCGCCAAGCAGGUGCACCUUGGCUCCACCCACGGGUCAUGCUAGCAUAUGGUCCUGUACCAACAGAUGCAGCUAGGUUCCCGUGGUGGUUCGCCAGUAUACUACCCAUCUCUGAGGAAGAGAAAUACCCUAUACUAUCUGCUAGGAGUGUGAGGGAGCGACUGAAGAUCUCAGCUCGUUGGGCAAGAGAGUUGGAGGCUCGUGACUGGUACGUACAACCCAUUCGGACGCCACCGGGAUUUAUCUAA